AUGUCCGAAUCAUCCGUUCGGCGGGCCUGUGAAGGCUGUCGGCCACCGGCUCCUUCAUCUAGCAAUGGCUCCGUCUUGACACCUGAGUCGAUGCCAAACAGGACGGGAUCCAUGGUUGAGAACACAUCGAGACGCAUAAACAGGAUCAACAUCAACGACGAACCAUGGUCCUCAUCAACCCCAUCACCAACAUCCCUCGACAACGCAGUAGAAGAAUACCGCCGCCGUCUCUACUUCCAACCCCUCCCCCUCUUCAACCCCGAAGGUCUACGCGAACGCAUCGAGAAAUUCCCCCUGUUUCUCCAAUGGAUCUUCCUCGCACUAGCCCUCUCAAACCUCCCCUACGACGCCAGCAGCGCCAAAGAAGCUGACCUUAUCCAUUCUCACGCCCGUGCCGCGCGAGACACGGUCUUGGAACUCGCCAUGCGCGGAACAGCACAGCUUGAAAUUUCACAGGCGCUGUGUCUUCUUGCGCUAGGUGAUAUCCUAGAAGGUCGGCCAGCGCUUGCUUUGAUGACGAUUGGGGCUGCGAGUAGACUUGAACUCGUACGCGGAGCAGGAUACUCUGAAUCGGCGAGUAAUCCUCAAGGUGACGCUAGUUUACGUUGUUACUGGAGUGUCUUUAUUCUUGAAAAGGGUUUCGCACCGCGGUUUACGCUGCUGUCGCAAACACACGCCAAACCAGAAUAUCCGCGCAGCGCACGGGAACCUUCACCACCUGCGUAUCUAGGUGAUGAAGAGUACGCACCAGACCUAGAAUCCAUCCGCGACGACUUACGAACUGAUCCUGGAAUUACCUCCCAUGCUGUACGCGCGGUAUCGUUUUGCGGAGAUGUUAUUUCAUAUCUCCAUGCACUACAUAUUGGAAAAGCGGAUAAUCCAGCUGAUACAAACUCCAAUUUCUACCAAUUAACCAACACGUUAUAUGAUCUCGAGUCAAGACUUGGACAUAUACAUUUUGUUCGCAACGUUGGUUUCUCAGAACGAACACCAGAGGAGUUCGAACGACAUAGAGAAUAUUGGGCGCCUUGGUUAUUAUUCCAGAUAACAGCCCAUGCGACACAGGCGCUGUUGAAUCAUCCUUUUAUUCACCUCGUUACUCUACGCCGCGCAAAUCGACCGUCGCAGCCGAGGUUGUUUCUUCAACAGACUGUUGAUCAAGCCAUGUUCCAUUCAGCGUGGGUCACGCGGUUGGUUCAGACGUGUAUGGAUCGUGGAUUAAUGGUUUAUGAUCCGUUGAUUGGGGAUAUGGUUGCUGCGACUGCUACGAUUCCUUGGUUAUUCCAGUAUGCGCGUGAUACAAAAGUAUCAGAAACAUCGAAAGAGAAUUAUAGAAAGUGCAUUGACUUUUUGGAAACAAUGCCCGAUCCUUCUCCCAGAAACAUCCAAAAGGUAUACCCCAAACUGUUCAUGUCCUAUCCAUCUGAGUACUAA